GAUGUAACGUGUUGGCUCAGCAGCCACAGCCAGGGGCGGGGAUCGUAGACUCAUGAUAAUCACUCAUCACAGACGUUGAGUCUCUAUCCAUACUGUAUAUAAACGGAACAAGGCUACCCCGAGGAGCUGAGUUGUCCCAAGGGAGGGUGGGACCGUGAGAGGACCCUAAGGGCUAAGUUCCUUAACAGGCUAACACCAGUACUGCCCCUACCAGCACCCCGGACUGACAGAGGUCCUGCUGCUGUUUGUCUGAACAGGUGUGACGAAUGUAGCGUGCGGGGCGGCAGUACAGCACAACCACGACCUCUUUGCUGCAGCCCUUACCAAUGAGCACCAGUGUCGUUGUGAGCCGAAUGGACGCAGAGCAGUGUUAGUUGUGAUGGAUGAAUGACUGACCCUCAGUAGAACAGCCGCACCAGUCACUACCAGGAGCUGACAACACACUGACAACACCCACGUGUGUGAUUCGUGUUGACAAAAGUGAAGUGAGGAGCAGCCGGGUAAGUGCGGGCCGAGGAGCAGCAUGGCGGAGGGAGGUGCUCGGACGCCCUAGGAAGCAGUUACGGUGGGCCGCAUGACAAACGCUUCCUCAAGACAAUUCCCCUGGUGAGCUUGUCGCCGAAGUCAAAGAGCAGCAUCGUCAAGGCCAAAGGCGCCCGGUGCAUUAGGCAGCUGCGAGAGGUCAAGCUGGAGCAGCGCGUCCUGCCGGUCUCCCUGGUCCAGUCGGUCCCCAUGGUCCAGCCAGUCCCCCUGGUUCAGCCGGUUCCCACGGUCCAACCGGUCCCCUUGGUUCAGCCGGUUCCCACGGUCCAGCCAGUCUCCACGGUCCAGCCGGUCCCGCGUAUCCCGCCGCCUCCCGUGAUCUCGCUGAUCCCGCCAGUCUCGCCGCCCCCCCUGAUCUCGUCAGUCUCGCCGGUCCCAACUGGUCAUGGUGAGGCAUACACAGACACACAUGACGAGGAAGAGACGGAGCAAGCACGGACGCUGCAGAGCCUCAGGACGCGUCUGGCAAACCUUGAGGCGGAAUUGCUGGCUGCUGAGGCAGACGCGGAGGUGGAGGGAUUGUGUACCGCCUCCACCAGCAGCACGACAGACGGUGGUGGAGGUUGGCGCGGUGCAGGGUGCAGCCAAGGCCACUCUCCUGUGCACACUGAAAAAGAGAUUGAGGAAGCAGUGGAGACGCUGGAGAGCCUCAGAACACACCUGCUGAGUCUCAAGACAGAAAUCACAGAGGAUGGUGGCUCCUGCAGCAGCGGGACGAUGCCUGGUGGGCGCGGCAGCCAGUCACCACCCGCCGCGACACACAAGACAUCGGGGAACACAUCACCACGGGAACACAACUCCCCCCAAAACAUAUGGAGCGGAGCUGACAGUGACCACAACCAUGGUGGAGCGCCGGAUGCGCUGCCACACCAAGAGCAGGGCGCCGGGCGGCCCUUGCUGGGGCGCCCCACAGCCUCACCAGUGUCAUGGCUGGAUAGAACCACACGUCCCAACGAUGUCUUCUGGAACUGGAGUGAGCAGUAGAGGUACACGUCACUGCUGCCUUCCCCUCACAACAGGGAGGCGAAGAGAUCACUGCGCCUUCCCUGGGGCAGCGCCAUGCACGGUGACGGUGACGCAAGACACGUACAAGCCUGAGUUGGUGGUGGCGGUUGGUUUGCUGUAGGGUUGCAUAAGUGUGGUCAAAGUGCAUGUUAUACAGACGAGGGAUUAGGUAACACGUACUAGUGUACUAGGUACUAGUGUAUACCUGUGUGGCUGAUGACAUGACUGUGCGUGGAUGGCUACUGUCUACCUGAUGAACAGGGCCUGAGCAGGGGCGUGCCCAGCAUGGCGUCCACAGCAGCAGAGCAAUGACGAGAUGGAUGUAACCAAGGAACGUCACGGAGCACCACCUGGGACGACGCUUGCAGUAGAAGCAGUGUUGCGCUGCCGGCCGGGCCAAAUUAUUGUACCGCAGUGUUAAGAUUAUGGAAUUUGCCUAUAAAUUAUGGCAGAUUUUGUGUAUGAAUUAUGGCAACUUGAUUACCUCAGUUUCUUAAAGCAGACUGGAAUAUUUCCAUUUCUAGUGUUGAUAAUAUAUCUAAAGAAAAAGAUGGCUGA